CGGACGUUUUCAUAUGCAUUCCGCAUAGACGGCCUGAUACACACUGGCUGUGCGAAUACAUGAUGACAAAGUUAUGUUGUCGGUGACACAUACUAAUAUGGCGCCCAUAUCACCUGGGCAGGGUGCCCGUCAGUCUCGAAAACCGAAGAAAACUACCGACUUGACAAACCUACACCGAUACGAACCUUUCACGAGGCGCAUCUCGAGACUGAAGAUUGAUCCGGUUCAUAAGGUGGAAAGAAGAAAGCCUACAAAUGAUGAGACGGACUUGACCCAGAGUUACUUCCGAUCUGCGCUGGAAGAAUGGGCUGAAUUGAAUCUGUCGCAAACGUUCACGGGUUUCCUCAAUAAAACGAGCCCUCUUUGCGAAAAUCUCCCUCAGUUGUUACACCAUGCAGAUGCCGUCUUCGAGUUGCUCCUCCAACAUGUUGAGAAGAAGGAUGCCUUGGCGCUGGAGCCCCUUCUGAGUCUCGCUGCACAUCUUGCACAUGAUCUCGGGCAGAGAUUUGAACAUUAUUUCUCAAGAAUGGUCACAUUGGUCGCCCAGGUCGCUGCUUCUCACGACAGUGCUGAUGUGAUCGAGUGGUGCUUUACUUGCUUGGCCUGGAUGUUCAAGUAUCUUUCGAGGUUACUGGUCCAGGACCUUCGGCCUCUGCUCGACAUCAUGAUCCCAUAUCUGUCAUCCAAGAAAGAAUAUAUUGUCCGCUUCAGCGCCGAAUCUCUCGCGUUCCUCCUGAGGAAGGCAGCUGUCAUGUACCCAAAGAAGAAAUCACCCCUGACCUUGGCUCUACAGCAUCUAUUCGCAAGAAGCAACGUUGGACCUGUGGCUUCCGUAUCUUAUCAAGUUGGUGUCAUGAGCCUUUGUGCUGAAAGCGCGAAAGGAAUCGAUGGGGCUUUACACUCUAGCGCCGACUCGCUUCUGCAAUGCUUGUUGGCAGUGUCCAGGCCUAUGUGUGAGCAGCAAGAAACCCGCUCGAUCGUUGAAGGCGUCCUUGUUGCUCUUAUCCACGAUACCGACAGCGCUGGCUUUUAUCCGGUCGUUGGUGUCACCCUUGACAUGGUUCGACAAUGCACAAUCUCCUCAGAGUCGGCACAAAUACUGUUUGGAUUGAGGCUGCUCACAGUUAUCUUGGGCACCCGGAAAGGCUCUAGGAUCUCUUCUUCCUGGAAGGACGCAAUACAAGCAUACUCUGGCAUCGCUCAGGCGGCAAUGAAGUUCCUUGACGAAUCCAAUAUUUCUGAAGAAGAACCUGAUCUUCGACUUCAGGUGGCUCAGACAAUACUUGCGGUUUCCGCUGAAAUUCUCACGUUCGCACCCAUGGAUCAAUUACUCCCUCAGUCUCAGAAGAUUUUGGCGCUUCUAGAACAUCGUCUAGUACCUGCGCAAUUCUUUACGUUUUGUACAGUUUGCGCAGAACUAGGGACUGACAGAUUCCCAGAUCUGGUACUCCCACGACUUCAGCAGUACCUUAUCGAUCAUUGGUCUGCCGAUCAGAUGAGUACACACUAUCUAUUGCAGCACCUAAAUCAUGGUGGAAUGACUCUCAAUCGCAAACCAGGCUCGCUAGCUAUCGACUGUCCUCGUGGACUGGUUGAUGCGCUCAUCGGGUCACUCAGCGCCGACAAGACUGAAGGAAGCGAUACGGGUGCGCAGCAAUUGGUGGGACAGAUCUACUCCUUAAGCAACACCCGACCUCCUCGAGAGCCACGACAAGUUGAAGCGUUAGUUGAUGGUUUUGAGAAAGCUGUUGUCCAUGCGUUGCAGGAGCACAGUGGUCUACUUGACCUUCGCCGCCGUGUUGUUCUUGGUUCUGGCCUGAAUAGUUAUCUCGACCUCGUACCGAACGAUAAUAUACGGAGAACCGACCUUCUCUCACUCGUUCAGACGACAUCUCCGGAACUUUUUCGCCUUUCUGCGUUUGUGGCUGCCACACGCCGACUUUUCGAAAGCGUCCAUAUGGGAAAUAAUCUUCCAGAGACACAUUUCGACAGCAUCCGUUAUGUGCUACUUGAGAACCUGUUAAGCCCUUCUAAAAAGCUCAAGGUUGGAAGUCUGUCUUUACUCUCGCACAUGAAGACUUCAGGAAGCGAUGAAUGGCUCUCAGAAACGGUGGACUUGAUGCAAGACAUACUUCGAACUCCCUAUUUGCCCUCCGAAGCGCGCAAGAUAGCAAUGUUCCUCCGACGACUUCCUCAACGUCAAAAGAAGAUUGCAUCAAAUUCGUCAUUGGAAAACCUGAUACCGUACUUCUGCCUUGGUCUCGUAGCAAGUUAUCACGACCAGACCAGGCAGGAAGUCUGCAAUGUGCUGGCACAAAUUGUCGAGGUCAGUCCAGUCGAAGAAGCCGUGGUCAACAUCACCAUCCAGUGGCUACAGGCACCGACGCAUCUAUCACUUGUCCAGCGCCAUGUUCAGCCACAGCCAAAAACAACAUAUUCUGCUUUUGAGUCUGCAGACCUCUCGACCUUGGAGGGACUAUGUCAGAAAACACUUCAAGAUUUCUCCUCUUCAAAAGACCGAUUUUUCGAGCUGGUUGAAGCAGAGCACAGCAUCGGCCAUACGAGUAGUCCGGAAAAUGGACGAACUUUGGCGCUCCAGAUCCUGUCAUCAAUUCCUGCGUCGGCGGAACGCCGAUCGCGUUUACUUGUCCCGGUGUUCCUCUCUGCUCCAAUGACCCGUGAGCAAGCUCAACAAAAGUCGGGCUCCGAUACGUCGACCUCAUCAAACACACUUGGUCCAGAGGUGGACGAUAACGAAUGGUCUUUGUCUGAUCGUAAAGCUCUGUUGACGCUUUUCAGCAAGUUCAUGAACCCCAAAGUAUUAUUCAGAUCAUCGGAAGUCUACGAAAAGUUGCUCGAACUCCUCGGCAAUGGCAAUCUCGACGUAAGGAAGCUGGCUCUUCAAGCGGUUUUAACGUGGAAACAGCCUUCCUUGACCCGGUAUGAGACCUUGUUAUAUCAAAUCGCCGAAGAUAAGUCAACUACCACCGAGUUGGGCACCAUGUUAGAUGCCUCCGAAGGCGAAGGUGCUAUCAGGUCUGAGGAUCGUGCUGUGGUUCUUCCAGUCUUUCUGCGGCUGAUUUUCGGCAUCAUUGUUGGGAGGGCUGGCACUGUGGGCUCACAAGAAGCGAGAAGGAAAGCUAUCAUCCGCGUACUAUUUCGUAUGCAAGAGUCUGAAGUCACGAGGUUUCUGGACGUCGCCCUGGGCAAGUUAAGGGAUGUGAAGAUACUGCCCGACCGACCCGAUAGUCUCUACGAAGACAUCCUGCUUCCGGAAGACCAACAAUACGGUUUUCUUCGCCUACUACUGUCAAUGUUGGAAACUUUGCAAACCAGAUUUGCUCCUUACGGCCGACAGGUAGUGGACGCAGUUGUGUUCUGCGUUAUUAGGGCCUCGACUCUGGCCAAAGCUACGACUUCAUCUUCCGCUCUGUCGAGAAAUAUAAGGCGGGUAGGGUUUCAAUCUCUGGUAUUGCUUUCUCGCGACUGUUCCGACAUUCCUUGGUCUCAAUAUCUACCAACCCUGUUCGCACAUGCAAUCACCCCUCGUCUCGAAGUUUUUGCCUCAGAGACAAGUCAGGGAAUUUCUGGUUUAUUACGAUUGUUUGCUGUAUGGUCCCAGGUUCCGAACAUGAUUAGCUUCCUCCGACAAUACGAUAACACUGUUCCAAGCGUUCUGUGGAAGGCUCUCUCUUCUUCUGCCACACAAAAUGAGGUGAAAGUUUUCAUCCUCGAAAAUAUCGUUCUACCAUGGGCAAACAUCCUUGAGGAUAAAUCUACAUUGUCGGAUCAAGCUUCUGAAAUCCUCGAAGUGGAAGCGGACGGACUUUUGACUGCGCUGGUGUCUCUCUUGGAGAACACGCCGCCCAAGGAGAUCCUUGUCGCCAUAACUUCGGUCCUUCCUAAAAUCGCCCGGUUUGCUAGAUCCCCAGAGUCGAAGCAAGCCACGCUUAGCCUGCUGGCAGCUUUAUUGAGAGAUUCUGCACGUCGACUACCACCGAACGUCAAAAGCCAACUUCUGAAGUCAAUUCAAUCUUUCCUUGAGACAGUAGAUGCCUUCCAAGACGAACAAUUCGGUUCGAGUGUCCUUGACCUGGUGUCUUCCCUUUUCAAUUAUUUCAAGGACGAAGCAAACCGCCAAAUUCUAUGUCAAGUCAUGGACAGGCUAUCCACACUUGAUUCAGACCUCGUGCUUUCAGCACAGCUAUGCCGGGACAUGAAUGCGGUGGCAACUGACCGUCUCGAAGAUAUUGAUUUCGAUAAGCGACUCGAGGCUUUCCAAGCAGUUAAUCAACUCGAGCCCGAGAAGAAUAGCGCAAAGUGCUGGCUUCCGAUCAUACACAACCUCCUAUUCUUUGUCAGAACAGUCGACGAGUUUUCAAUUCGGUCUAAUGCUUUGAGUUGUCUAAAGCAGCUGAUAAUCAAAGCUUGCGGAAGCCAAAGAACAGAAAUGACAAAGCUGGCCACACAUGUUGUCCUUCCAUCAGUCAAAAAGGGAGUCAGAUCUGAAUCCGAGCUCGUUAGAGCCGACUGCGUUUCGCUGUAUGGGUUGAUGGUUCAAUACGCACAAGGAGAUCCAGAUCUGGAGAAUUUGAGGCCUCUUCUCGUUGGGAAUGAUGAAGAAGCGUCAUUUUUCUCCAAUAUUCUUCACAUUCAACAGCAUCGCCGAUUACGAGCUAUUCGACGUCUUCUUUCUGAGGUGGAGAAAGGAGCUAUAAGUCCGCGCAAUGUCGCUGAAGUUUUCAUUCCAUUAUUAGAGAUGUUUGUAUAUGACUCUGGAAGCGACGAAUCGGCUCAAAGCACUAAAGGUCAGAGUAUAGCUGCAAUGGGUACACUACUCCAGUGGAUUGAUUGGAAGCACUUCAAGGUCUUAUUGCACAAAUACAAAAACGACAUCACUGCAGGUGAGAGCAACGAAAAAGUUGCCAGCCGACUUCUCAGUCAUGCGGCAGAGGCGCUAUCAGCAGCAAGAAGUCACCAAUCGGACGAUCAGACGGAUCCUACUCCGUACCUCUCCACAUCACUCCCUUCAAGCCAGACAAUCGAGAACGAACUACGAAAACAUUUCAUUCCUAAAUUUGCAGAACUGGUGCAUUACAAAGAUGAGGCCGAAAUCAGUUUCCGUAUUCCAGUCGCAGUCACUACCAUUAAGUUGAUUAUGAUGCUGCCAGAAGAAGAAAUCCAACUCCUGGCUGCACCCAUCAUUCUGGAUAUCGCACAUAUUUUGAGAAGUCGUACACAAGAAUCACGAGACACUGCACGAAAUACUUUGUGCCAGACUGUCAUGCUCCUGGGCCCGUCAAGUUUACAAUUUGUCUUGAAGGAGCUUCGCAACGCGCUGACUCGAGGAUACCAGCUUCAUGUUUUGUCGUUUACUCUCCAUGCUAUUCUCGUGACACUUACGCCAAACAUUCAGCUCGGAGAUCUCGACUAUUGUGUCCAGGAUCUGGUGGCGGUGAUAAUGGACGACACAUUUGGUACAGUCGGACAGGAGAAGGACAAUCAAGACUAUGUGAGCAGUAUGAAGGAGGUCAAAAGCAACAAAAGCUAUGAUUCUAUGGAAUUAUUGUCCAAAUCCAUCAGUGUUCAAUCGUUGUCAAAUUUGGUAUCACCAAUUCAGACCCUUCUACUAGGAUCUCUAACAACGAAGCAAGUGAGGCAAGUCGACGAACUUUUGCGAAGGGUUGGAGCGGGCGUCUCACAAAACCCCGGGGCCAGCAAGCGGGAUUUGUUGGUAUUCGCAUAUCAGCUGAUUCAAGCCAUAUACAAAGAGAAGGAGACCGUUAAGGUUCGACAACCAACUGUGGAAGAGCAGAGUCGACAGAGAUAUCUCAUUAAGAUGACUUCGGCGCACAAAACGGUCAACAGCCAAACUUCCCCGUUAUUGUACAAGAUGGCCCGCUUUGCUCUAGACCUCGUUCGGUCCGUUCUCCAGAAGCAUGACGAAGUGCUUACUGUCGAAAACGUCCACGGGUUCCUUCCUGUGAUUGGUGAUGCUCUGAUCGAAGCCCAGGAAGAUGUCAAGAUCUCUGCCAUGCGGCUGCUGUCCGCUAUCAUCAAAUUACCGAUGCCGGAACUUGAUCAGAAUGGCCCGUUGUACGUGAUGGAGGCCGUCAAAGUCGUCAAGAACUCCACGGACACUAACGAAGAGGCCGCUCAAGCUGCCCUAAAGCUUGUAGCUACGGUGCUUCGCGAACGAAAGCAGGUCAAAGUCCGAGAUAUUGACAUUGCCGAGCUCCUUCAUCGAAUCACUCCCGAUAUCGAAGAGCCAGACCGACAAGGUGUAACAUUCAACUUUAUAAGAGCGGUAAUGGCCCGGAAAGUUCAAAUCCCCGAGAUAUAUGAGGUGGUCGAUAAGAUUGGUAUCAUGAUGGUCACCAAUCAAGGCAAAGGGGCACGAGAUACAGCAAGGGGUGUCUACGUCCACUUUUUGAUUGAGUACCCACAGAGCUCCUCACGAUGGUCGAAGCAGCAGAAGUUUAUGAUGAAGAACUUGGAAUAUGAAUAUCCUGAGGGUAGGCAAUCUGUUCUGGAAGCCAUCAACACUCUCAUCGCAAAGACAAAGGGAGAAGCUGCGCAAGACCUGAAUUCCACAUUCUUCGUCCCCGUACUCCUUCGAAUGGCCAAUGAUGAGAAUAAAGGUUGUCGGGAUCUGGCAGGGGCUUUGCUUGGACAAAUGUUUCGUUCAGCUGAUAAUGCUCAUCUGCGGGAAUUUCUCGGACCUCUACGGGCGUGGAUCGAACAAAAUGAGAAUAUGGCCUUGCAAAAGGUCAGUAUGCAGGCCUAUAACAUUCUUUUAGGCUCGGGAGUUGGGCUCGAUGAUGGGGAGAUUACUGGUCUACGUGAUAAUCUUGCUGGACUGCUGCAGCAGUCUGCAACGGAUAACGACGGUGAUGAAUGGGAGUCAUUGUUCCAGGCUCUACUCUUGUGGUCGAAGCUUGUCGAAUCACGUCCAGACGUGGUACUCAACCAAAAACAGACAAAACUGUGGGUGCCUGUAUGGAAGUCGCUAAGUCAUCCACAUGCCUGGGUUCAAAGCACUUCUGCUGGGUUGGUCUGUGAUUUCUUCCGACAUUGUCUUGAAGCAGACCAUUCAAAGCUACCACUGACCUGUGAUCACGGUCUACGCCUUGACCGCGAAACCUUCCUCGAGGUUCUAAAGGCCAGUGUCAGAAUCCUCCGACGUUCUGAGGGGAACGAAGACCUCAGUUCUCAAGCAGUGCAGAUACUCUUGUUUCUCGGGCAAUGCAUGAAUGUCAAUGGUUUGACCAUGGAGGUUGCCGACAAAUCUGUCGAUGAUGAAGAUGAAGCAAUGCAGGACGGUGUCGAAUCCGAGGAUGAACGACCGACUCGGACGAAGAAGAUUCCGGGGUUUCAAUACCUUUUGGAUCAAGUGACACGUAUCUUGAGGAUCGAGGCGACUUCUCUGACUUCGGCGGCGUUCCUACCAAAGAAAUUGUCUUUGGUUCUUCUCUCCACUCUGAUCCCGGCCUUGUCGAGCGCCAAUCUGAGUUCACAAGCACACAAUAUUCUGGUGCCUCUUCAGCACUUGACCGAUCCCAACACGAUUCAACCACGGUCCGCCGACCCGUCAUUUUCGUCCACCUAUCAACAACUAAUUGAGCUAUCUCACGAGGUGAUGGACAAAGUACAGAAUAAACUUGGAGAUGGUGAAUAUGUCAAGACAUUGACCGAGGUCAGUCGAACGAUGCGCAAGAGAAGAGAAGAACGAAGGACAAAGAGAAGGAUCGAGCGGGUAGCUGAGCCCGAGAGGGCUGCGCAGUAUAAGAAGCGAAAGAGUGAUAGGAAGAAGGAACGUAAGAAGGAAAUCGGUAGGGCUCAUCAAUCUAGACGACGAGAGACUGGAACGUGAUGUGAUGAUGUCUUGUCGGUUGUGUAAUGAGAUAUUGUUGCAAAUAAGAUUGGC